AUGACUUUCUUUUUACAUUUUUGCUUAUUCUUUUUCAUUUCCUGUUUUCUCCUAUUCCUUUUUCUUUGUCUUCUCUUUUUCAUCUUUCCUUUCUUUUUAAUAUCUUUUAUUUGUUUUUCAUUUUUUCUUUUCAUUUUAUUGCUUUUCAUUUUUGUUUUUCUUCUUCCUUUCUUCAUAUUUGAGCUUUCUUUUUCUUUAUCUCUUUCUUUCUCAUGUUUCUUUUUUUCCCUUUUUCACCUUCUCCAUUCUUUGUUGUUUUUUGUUUUCUUUUUUCUUAGUUUUUCAUGUGUAUCUGUUAUUUUUUUUUUUUUUUUUUUGCAUCUUUUUGAUUUUUCCUUUUCCAUUUCUUUUUUCUAUUCUUUUUCAUUUUUUUUUCCUUUUCUCAUCUUGUUAUUCAUCUUUCUUUCCUUUUUUCCUUUAUUUUUAAUUUUACUUUCUCUUUCCUUUCUUUUUGCCUUUUGUUUCUUUUUCUUUUAUGGCACUUUCUUGUUUCUUUUUCUUUCUUUCUUUCUUUCAUUCUUAUUUUCUGUCUCUUUUUCAUUCUUAUUUAUUUCAUCUACUCAUCAUUCAAUUUAUAUUUUUAGUCCCUUCAUUCUUCUUAUUUUUCCUUUUCCCUUUAAAAUCUGA